AUGGUAUUGAUAGAGGGGCGCAUCCCCCACCAGAUAAUUAAAGAAGAAAAUGUUGGAAAUUUAGCAAAAGAAGCAAUCGAAGAAACGCUCACCUACACUUCCAAUCUAACCAACCUGAGUUACAUCUUCACCACAUUUCCGCAUGGUUUCCAGAACCAUUGUAAAACAGACAACGUAACUAGCUCCGGCUCAGCUUUUUGUACGGAAAGAAACUCAAUCUUACUGGAAAUCUGGAAUGAAAAAAUGCUUGAAGACUGUGCGAAUUUCUUUCCUAAUUUUGCAUUAUGUUUUAACAGAAGUAUCCUAUCUAGAGUUUUGAUAAAUGCAGUUUUAGAACCAGAAAAUAACAAGUGGUACUGGAAGAGUAAUGGAGUUUCCGUAAAUUUUAGUUUGUUUGCACCAAAUAUUGAAAUAGUGGGAACAAGUAAUUUAACAGCUUUUUUAAAAAAAGAUGGCAACACGUUCAUAUUUCAAGCUAAAAGCUCUACUACUCCAUGGCCAGUUAUCUGCAUGAGAAACAAGACAGAUGAUGUUGCAACACGGGCACCACCACUGACACCACUACCAGCAUCAUCCACAACACCAUCACUACUCACCACAGAAUUGCUUCCAAAACCAUCAAUCAGUAUUUCAACUACAACAGCUUUUAAUCGUAACAACAACAACACUGACAACAACAACAGUUCCAAAACCUCUAGCGUCGUUGGGGCUCUACUUGGCGUCGCUCUCUUCGUCAUAUUGGUUUUAACCAUUGGCAUCGCAAUCAAAUGCUACAUCAAAAAGCAGUCGAUGCUGCAAGAACAGGGCGCUUAUGCUGACUUUAAGUUCGUGAAUGUUUCUCUCGAAACCCAGUCACAACAGCAGCAACCACAACAACCACAGCAGCAACAAUCAGAACUAGAAAAACAACGACAAAGAAGAUUGUCCAACUGCUACGAUGCCAUCUAUGACGUCCUAGAUCCCCAACAACCGGAAGAGGUUUCAGUCAAGCCGGACAUAAUCAUCGAUCACGUCUACGAGAAUUCAGAAGGUCGUGAUACCUAUAAAAAAGCAAAAGAUGUUGAGAAGGAGAGAGUUGUUGAAGAAGAGAGAGAUGCUGAGAAAGAGGGAAGUAUUGAGAGAGUGGAGAAUAUUGGGAAGGAGUUCAUUGACGUAUUAAACUCAGCCAGGGUUAAAAUUUUUCGUAACCUGUUCAGAAAAUCACUACGUAGACUCUCCACAUUGUAG